CCUGGUCCUGGAAUGCCACCUGGUCCUGGAAUGCCACCUGGUCCUGGAAUGCCGCAUGGUCCUGGAAUGCCACCUGGUCCCGGAAUGCCACCCGGUCCCGGGAUGCCACCUGUAGCUGGCAUGAUGCCGGCACCUGGACCUCCAGCAAAGCACGGUUUAAGCCUUGAUUCAAUGCCGAGUGCGGUUCAAGUAAUCGAAGAGGAUAGAUCUACAAGAUCAGGUCUUUUUCCCACUGGAUAUCCAAAUGCGGAACAUCCGCCGCUGUGCACAACAGACUUUUUUGCCCAAGAUCAAGGCAUUUUGCUUGCAGGAAACUGCAACCCGAGGUUUAUGCGGUCAACACUUUAUGUGGCACCAGCUUCAUCAGAUGUUUUGAAGAAUUCUCAGAUUCCUUUCGCUGUAGCAAUCUCUCCUUUUGCACCACUCACACAGAAAGAGUUACGUCCGCCAAUUAUUGACUUAGGCGAAAUGGGGCCUGUACGUUGUGUUCGUUGUAAAGCUUAUAUGUGUGCCUUUAUGGAGUUUCAAGACGGUGGUCGUCGUUUUAAGUGUCCUUUCUGCCUUGCAACAACUAAAGGCAAGCAACAGAUUUUUUUGGUUAUGGAACUAUUGUUUAAUGUUGGGGGCUUUUUAGUUGAAGAUGGUUAUUUUGCUCAUCUUGAUCCAAGUGGCCGUCGUAGUGAUAUACAACACCGUCCGGAACAAUUCUUAGGGUCAUACGACUUUAUUGCUACAAAACCUUAUUGUAAGAACGGUCUGAAGCCUAAAGAGCCGGCUUUUAUAUUUAUGUUAGAUGUUUCUUAUACUGCUGUUCAUUCUGGUUUAGUAUCGACGUUCUGUAAAAAUAUUCGGCGUUUGCUUGAGGCUCUUCCUAAAGAUAGUUAUGAAGAGAAAUCAUCUAUGCGAGUAGGUUUUGUAACUUAUGACCAAACGAUCCAUUUCUAUAACCUCAAGAAUCCACUGGGACAGCCAAAAAUGACUGUUGUUAGCGAUAUGCAGGAUGUUUUUACUCCCUUGGUUGAUGGAUUUUUAGUUAGCUUGGAGGAGGCUGAACCAGCGCUAGAAAGCUUAUUAAUUGAAAUUGAAAAGAUGUUCGCUGAUACAAGAAUAACAGAUACCAUUCUGGGUCCAGUAAUUCAGGCCGGUAUGGACGCGUUAAAGUGUGCCGAUCGUGCAGGGAAACUGUUCGUUUUUCACACAAAUUUGCCACUCUAUGAAGCUCCGGGUAAAUUAAAAAAUCGUGAUGAUAGGAAGCUGCUUGGUAGUGAUAAAGAAAAGGUAAUACAUGAAGGAAAGAAUGUUCUCCAGCCUGCCAGUGACUUUUACUGUAAAUUAGGAGAAGAAUGUGUAAAAAAUGGUUGUGCUGUGGACCUCUUUCUUUUCCCAAACUCCUUUGUUGAUGUUGCAUCCCUUGCACCUGUUUGUACCUUAUCUGGUGGAUUUCUUUACAAGUAUCAGUAUUUUGAGGCAAGCAAAGACGCUGAUCGUUUUCUGUAUGACCUUGGCCACGAUAUCAGCAGAGAAAUUGUUUUCGAUGUAAUGAUGCGAGUAAGGACAUCAACUGGUCUCCGCCCAACAGGUUUCUUUGGCUCAUUUUAUAUGGAUAAUAGCACCGAUAUGGAAAUGGGAGCAUUCGAUUGUGAUAAGGCAGUUCAUGUGGAAAUGCGCCAUGAUGAUAAAUUACCAGAAGGGUACGCUCACAUCCAGUGUGCUACGUUGUUUACAUCUUGUAGUGGACAAAGGCGCUUAAGGGUACAUAACCUUACUCUUUUGGUUUCUGGAGAUUAUAACUUACUUUAUCGAGUUGCUGAUCAUGGUGCACUGGUGUCUUUCUUAUUUAAACAAGCCGAGUCAAUGGUGCGUGAUAAGUCACCAAAAGAGAUGAGGGAAACUAUAACCUCGCGUUGUGCACAAAUGCUUGCUAGUUAUCGAGAGCGAUGCAGUGAACAAGCGCCGCCAGGGCAGCUUAUCUUACCAGAAUGUCUCAAACUGUUACCGUUGUACGGCAAUUGCAUAAUAAGGAACGACGCGGUGAGCGGAGGCAGCGAUUGUACUGUUGAUGAUCGAGCUUGGAUGAUGAAUAUGGUUCCUUCACUGACCGUUGAAGAUUCAAUGAAAAUUCUUUAUCCACUAGUUUAUCCAGUUACCGAUCUUGCGUUAGAAAACGUUACGGACGAGUUAGUAUUUCCUGGUUGCGUGCGAGCCGCAUAUGAGUACUUUAAUAACGAGAAAGCGUACUUAAUGUGCAAUGGAAUUAUGAUGUUUUUGUGGAUAGGGCUUGGAGUGUCGCAGGAGUGGGUGCAAGAUGUUUUCAAUGCAAAUUCCGUGGCUCAGUUGAAUACUGAGAGUCACUUCGUGCCUGAACGUGACAAUCCAAGGUCUCGAGCAUUAAGAAAGCUGAUUGAGAGACUUAAAAUGACUAAUACACGGAGUAUGAAGCUUUUUGUCAUUCGGCAGCAAGAUGCUUUAGAAGCUUGGAUGAAGAGGUUUUUGGUUGAAGACGAGUCGUCCAAUAUGCUGUCAUAUGUGAAAUAUUUAUGUGAAAUUCACAAAGAGAUAAGAAACCUUUUAAGUUGA